ACAGAGGACUCGCAGAGCCGGCGUCUUAUCUGACUGAUCACACAACAUCAGGUUGUUGUUUGAUAGCGAAAGAGAAAGCACGCUGAACCUUUCUCCUGCAGAGGAAUGGCAACCACUUCUCAGAAAUACAUGGACUUCGUGCGUGAGCCGUUGUGGAACAAGCCGGUGACGGCGAUACCAGGGAUUGGGGAGGAGCUGGACCAGAGGCUGCGGGAACGGGGCUUCUACAAUGCCGACAGGGUUAUGAAACUUUUCGUGCAGUAUGGGAGAGACACGGAGAGCUUCAAGACCUGGCUGAUGUGCGUCAUCGGCUCCCCCCCCUACAUGGCCGAGCUCUGCGCUCAAGCCCUGUGGGAGUGGUCCAACAUCCAUCUCUGAGCCCCCCCUGCUGUGCUUCUGGGACCCGGGAUCUGGUGGUGGUUCCAGGAUCUGGUGGUGGUUCCAGGAUCUGGUGGUGGUUCCAGGAUCUGG